AUGCCGUUUGGGAUGGGACCAAAGUUAGAUGAACUGAAGGCAGCAUUAGUGUUCUGUCCUCUUUGGAGUUUUGAAAAGCGCAAGUGGUUGGGGCUGCUACUUCUUCAAGCCAUGGGAGUUUAUUAUUUGCAUCACAAUUCAAGGAUACCCUUUCAAAGUGCAAUAAGGGUAUUCGACGAUGAAGCCAUGAGGUCGUAUCCAUGGGGUCGGACUGCAUACGAAGUUCUAAUUGACUCUAUUAAAACGUUGGCUACAGAUGGAGGUUCAUACACAAUAACCGGCAUGAAGGACGCGUUAUUGAUUUGGGCUUAUGAUUCCGUCACAUGCUUCGGUGAGAGUUUUGGGAGAGUGAUCAAUAACGAAGACGUUCCGCUUUUGCGAUGGGGUGGAAAGCGUACACGUGCAAGCUUUGAUAAAUUGUUGUCUGUCGAAAUCGAAAAGCAUGGCGAGGGGAAUGCAAAGGGGAAGGGGGAUGAGAAUAAGAGAAUGAAGGGUGGAGUUUCGUCAGAAGCUGAGCCACCCACUAAAAAGCAGAAAAAAGUUAAGACACAGAAUGAGUUUGAAGCUGAUGCAGCGGGAAAGGGUUCUAGCGAGAAGGAAGGUAGCAAAGAGUUGGACUUGGAGAACAAAGCGACUCUAACGACCAUUGUGAGUACUCUGGAUAUUAUUUCCAGAAAAUUUGAUCAGGUUGAUUCACGGUUGGAAGCUUGCGAGUUAGACCGGAACAGACCAUUGAUGGACCAAAAGACCAUUAAUGACAGGGUGAAUGCUUUACUGGAGGAGCGUCUGAAAGAUCUGGGGAUUGGGAAAAUUCCCGAAAACCAUGAUAACCCCUCUCCACUAUUAUCAGAUAACUCUUUAUCGAUGGCAUCACCGGUGGUUCGAACGCAUCAGAAGUCUGUCAAUAGUCCAGCGUUAGUAGCUGCGACUCCUGGUAAGGAGUUUGGACCGAAAAAGAAUUUGGCCAAAGAGCUUGAAAAGGAAUCAGAGGUGAAAAGGACUUUGGAUGAGGAGUUUGGUAGUGUCGAUAAAGCUACUGAUAUGCGGUCUCUUGAUUUCGUAGUAGUUUCUCCUGCAAAGGCUACUAAGGAUGAUAAGGCUGCUAAGGAUCCAGCCUAUGGACGCGGCUGCAGGCGCAAGCGUAUUGUUAAGGGUGAGGAAGCCAAUGAGAAGAAAAAAGCAGUGUAG